AUUCCAGUGGAUAUACUUAUCCAUAUCCAUCCUAUAUCUCCGGGGGAACCCUUCAGAAAGUAGAUAGCCAUGGAUGAGGAAACAGCAUACGAACUCGAGCGUCAAAAGACCAUUGCAGAGAACCGCGCUCUUCUAGAUUCUCUAGGUCUCGAUCCGGCGGGUGCUUCAUCACCAUUUGGUUCAUCCCCGGCGCCUACGUCCAACAAGACCAAACCGAAACCCAAGCCAGCGCCCAAGAAACGCAAGGCGGCGGCUGUGAUCGCUGUUGAUGAAGGGCCAAGGCGACGAUCAGGACGGAUUGCGGGGCUGGAAGCGGAUGGGGAUGCGUUCAAGGCAAAGGUGGAAGAGGAGGAGAAGGAACGGGAAAUUCUGAGGGUCGUCAGCAGGAAAGAGAGGGAGAAAGUCAUGGAUGUGGGAAAGAUGGUUGAGGAUACUCCAGAAGACGAGAUCAAAGACAUGGAAAAGUACCUCCAGUCCAUCGCCGAGCUAUCGAACCCCCGAACCUAUCCAGCGGGGACAGUAUCCGCCCGAGAAGCUUAUGCCGACUCUGAUACCGUCCCCUCGGAAGUGCAAAGGCUCAAAGAUGCUUUUAAAGAUAUGAGUCUUAAAGGGAACACCAAGGUGACCAAUGAACGAGUUUUCAGCAUGUGUGUGCACCCAGAGAAGACCAAGACACUUGUGUUGGUGGGUGAUAAAUACGGACAACUUGGGAUAUGGGAUGCUCUGGGUCCGCCUAUGGAGAAGCCUGAGAACGAAGAUGAUACCAGUGGGUUGUUGAGGGCAGAAGGGGAGGACGAGUAUCAAGAAGGACGAGUAUGGCGCGUGCAGGCACAUGCAAAGAACUCAAUCUCUUGUAUGAAGGUCGACCCUGUCAAUGGAUCCGGUCUUUUCUCUACUGCAUAUGACUGUUCCCUCCGACAUCUUUCCUUUUCGACUCUUCAAUCUACGGAACUGUUUUCAUUCCAGGACGAAGACUUGCUGAUCAACCAUUUUGACCUUUUGCCUUCUGCACAAGAAGCGUGGAUGGUGGAUAAGAAUGGUGGUAUAAGCCAUUGGGAUACGAGGGAGAGUAAAAGAGAGAGUGGAAGGAGGAGAUGGGUUGUACAAGAGGAAGGGAGGGGUGCAAAGCUGGGUGGUGUGAGCGUCAACCCACUGAUGCCGCACCUGAUUUGUACGGCCGGUAACGACCAACAUGUCCGAAUAUGGGAUACCCGCCACCUCUUCUCCAUUUCCUCCAACCUUGUCCCGAGUGCCGCCGCCAUCGAAGAAGAAGAAGAAGGGACCAGCACACUCUCCGGCCAGUCAUCAUCGCUCCCGCACGACACGCACCCGACGCGCGAGUCCGACUACAGCACCGUCACGUCCUACCUCGCGUCCCCGCGAGGCAAAGGUCUGAUGCGCGCCAAAUGGCAGCAUGGUAAAUCGUGCAGCAGCGCGUACUGGGAUCCGUGGGGACGCCGUAUUCUCACGACGAGCUAUGACGAUCAUCUGCGUGUGUUCAAUAUCGAUCCGGGCUCAUCACUCGUCGAUGACCGCGCGGUAGGCUCGCUCCUCCAGCCAAACGGUUUCAAGCCGACCAAGGUCGUGAGACAUAAUUGCCAGACGGGGAGAUGGUUGACGAUUUUGAGAGCGCAGUGGAGUUUGAAUAUGGAGUACAUGCCGCAUUUUACGGUAGGGAAUAUGAAGAGGACUUUGGAUGUAGUUUCUGCUACGGGGGAGAAGAUUGUGGGGCUCUGGACGGAUGAUGUGACGGCCGUGCCGACGGUGACGGCUUCUCACCCGAAUAUCGUUGACAGGGUCGUUGGCGGUAACACGAGCGGUAGAAUACAACUCUGGUCGUCUGGCGAUCAUAUAUGAAUAAAAUGUGUUUUCCUG